UAGCUCAACUUUUGAGGGCAUUGGUACCCUUUGUUUAUUUGGCACCAUGGAGAUCUUCACCCUAACCAUCACUUUAGCUUCUAUUUUUACCAUAUUAUUCGCAGUUAAAACCUAUUUCCCUUAUUUCUGGAUGGACGUCAGGUAUUUUUGUGAGUUGCUGCAAAUUAUUUUGAAAUUUCUGUCUCGUCGAAGGAGGACACCGUGCUUCUUUGUUGUGGAUCGUUUCUUGGAGCAAACUGCGACACAUCCGGACAGACUUUUCAUCGUCUUUGAAAAUGAGCGCUACACCUUCGCUCAGACCGAUAAGCGGAGUAACCAGUUCGCGCAGGCCUUGCAGUCUCAGCCCGGAUAUGUCGCUGGAGACACGGUCGCGCUCUUUAUGGGAAAUGAGCCCGCCUUCUUGUUUACUUGGUUGGCGUUGGCUAAACUGGGCUCUCCGUCGGCGCUCCUCAACUACAACAUCCGAAGCAAGAGCCUCCUGCACAGCUUCAACUGCAGCGGGGCCACGGUCCUCAUCGCGGCCCCAGAGUUGAGAGAAGCCGUGGAGGAUGUGCUGCCUUCACUGACCCAACAGGGCGUCACUGUGCUCUUGAUGACCGACCACUGCUCCACACCGGGAAUUCUAAGUUUUACAGAGAAAGUAAACGCAGCGCUAGACUCUCCUAUCCCAUGCUCAGUCCGAUCAAACGUCACAUUGAAGAGUCCUGCUUCUUUCAUCUACACAUCGGGGACAACAGGUCUCCCGAAGGCGGCUGUGGUGAAUCAGAUGCGUCUCUUAUCGUCUCUGGCGGUUUUAUCGUCGAGCGGCGUCUCCUCUAAAGACGUGCUUUACCUGAACCUGCCCCUGUACCACACGGCAGGCUUCAUCAUCGGCUUCAUCGGGUCCAUCGAUACAGGGUCGACUAUAGUUCUGCGGAGGAAGUUUUCAGCCUCUCAGUUUUGGGACGACUGCAGAAAACACAAUGUGACCGUGAUUCAAUACAUCGGAGAAGUUAUGCGCUACCUCUGCAGCGUUCCCAUGAGAGAAAAUGACAAGGACCAUAAAGUGCGCCUGGCGAUUGGAAACGGCAUCCGGGCGGAGGUCUGGAGAGAGUUCAUCCGUCGGUUUGGCAACGUUCAGAUUCGAGAGUUUUAUGCCUCCACUGAAGGAAAUGUGGGAUUUGUGAACUACGCCGGAAAAAUCGGAGCCAUUGGACGAGUCAACUUCAUUCAUGCGAAGCUGUUCCCGUUUGUGCUCAUUCAGUACGACACAGAACGAGAUGAACCAGUCCGAAGUCCUGAUGGCCUCUGCGUGCAGGCCCGGAAAGGUGAGACGGGCCUCCUAGUGUCAAAGAUCACAGACUUCGCUCCGUUUGAGGGUUACGCGCAGAAUGAGGAGCAAACAGAGAGAAAGCGCCUACGAAAUGUCCUGAAAAAAGGAGAUCUUUACUUCAACAGCGGAGACCUCAUGAGGAUCGACCACGACAACUUCAUCUACUUCCAGGAUCGAGUUGGAGACACAUUCAGGUGGAAAGGUGAAAAUGUGGCCACCACUGAAGUUUCUGACAUUUUGACGAUGUGGGACUGUAUCAAAGAAGCAAAUGUUUACGGUGUUUCUGUACCAGGACAUGAGGGCAGAAUAGGGAUGGCUGCAGUCACGUUAAAAGAAGACACACAUUUUGAUGGAAGAAAACUGUACAGCCAUGUGACUGAAUAUUUACCUUCAUACGCCCGCCCACGCUUCAUACGGAUACAGGAGGCCGUGGAGGUGACUGGGACAUUUAAACAGAUGAAGGUUAAGUUGGUGGGACAGGGUUUUGAUCUGGGACUCAUCCAAGACCCACUGUUUAUCCUGGACGAUCGGGAGAAGAGCUAUGUUACCAUGACAACUGAAAUUUACAACUCCAUAAUCUCAGGAAACAUGAAACUAUGAGGAAGUCAGCCCUGACACUUUCAAGUAUUAUUUUCAACCUCAGGGGUCUUCUUCAUCCAUUAAAGCUUCAAACUGUGAAAGUGGAAGUAAUUAAAGCUACACUAUGUAGCUUUUAGCUAAAAAUAGACUAAAAUAAAAACAUGUCUUUUUUUAUUUUGGUUUAGUUUAUUGCACUAAAAAUGUGUACAUCCACUAAAACAGAAAAAAAAGCUUUUGCACAUUUAUAAAGAUACAAAUACCAAUCGAUAGUUUUCAAAGUGAUGAAGAUUAACACUGUUGCCCUGGCAAUUAAGACAAAUAGUCCAAUGAGAUUCUUUUAGUCUUCUGAUUUUUUCAGACAAAAGUUUUGUUUGUUUUCAUAACUGACCAUUUCAUCUGCUCUCUUGCAGUCUUCCUCAGAGGCCCAUUGUCGUUUUCUCAUUUCGCUUUCCUCGCUUCCUUUUCCUUGAUUCCUCGAUUCUGCAGGAAAUGUAUGAGGAAGUGCCAUCCACAGAGGAGACACAGGGAGCAGAAGAAUAGAGGAGCAGAGGGACAGAGGAAUAGAGGAGAGAAGCAGAGAAGUAGAAGAGCAUAAGAAUAGAGGAGAGAGGAGCAUAGGAAUAGAGGAGCAGAGGAGUAGAGGAACAGAGGAAUAAAAGAGCAGAGAAAAGGGGAGUAGAGGAACAGAGGAAUAGAUGAGAGAGGAAGAGAGGAGACACAGUGAGGAGAGAGAAGCAGAGGGGAGAGGCAGGAGGAGCUUAGUUUUAAUGUCAAAUGAAGGAUUAUGUAACAUGUCAAACCUCCUUUACUGCUGUCCCUGUACUUGUACUGUUGCAACAAUACACACUCCUCACUGUAAGGCAAAUAAAGUUUUAUUAUUUUA